AUGGUCAUUCUCCAACAGGCAGUCCUGCUUCUCACUUGCGGGCUAGCUACUGCCCUCCCAACUGACGAUAAUCAGAAGCAGAAUGCCCAAUCGUCUAGGAAGGAUUGUCGCCGCACUCAGGUUGCUAUCUUGGGUGCAGGAGUUGCAGGCAUCAUAGCGGCUCAAGCCUUGUCAAACCACUCCGUCAAAGACUUUCUGAUUGUUGAACUUCAAGACGAAAUUGGUGGUAGAGUGCACCACGCGGAGUUUGGCAAAGGUACAAAUGGUCGUCCAAUACUCGUCGAGUUCGGAGCCAAUUGGGCUCAAGGUCUGGGUGGACACGAUCAUCGUCAUCCAGGUAUUGUUUCUUUGGAAAACCCAAUCUGGCGACUUGAGAAGAAAUGGAAUAUUAAAAAUCAUUAUUCCAAUCUUUCGAGCAUUUCGACAUAUAACGAAUCUGGAGCGGCGAACUUUAGCUCGGAACUCCCUGAGUUUGAAGGGUUCCUUGAUCGGUUGGCGGUCGAGGCCGGUGAACUACUCACCGACAACAUACAGGAUCGGACAAUUCGAGAGGGCCUCAGUCUGAUCGGGUGGAAGCCUGAGCAGCGGGCGAACCCAGCCGCCGCAGAGGCUGUAGAAUGGUUCAUGUAUGAUGGUGAACAAGCCGCCACUCCUGAGGAGACAUCCUUGGUUUUCAAUGAGGCAGUCUCAAACUUUACGUUCCGGCAAUUCAGUAACAAGAGCAAUUUCAUCAUCGAUCAGCGCGGCCACAACACCUGGGUCAAGGGCGAGGCGUCGGAAUUCCUGAAGCCUGGAGACUCACGCCUGCUGCUCAACACAACGGUGACCAACAUUACCUACUCCAACUCAGGCGUAGAGAUCGACAUUGGCGACGGUGGCUGUAUUUGUGCCGACUAUGCGAUAUGCACAUUUUCCGUGGGCGUAUUGCAACACGAAGGCGCCGUCAGCUUCGAACCGGCCCUGCCGCCGUGGAAGAGAACUGCCAUUGAAAUGUUCCAGAUGGGAACUUAUACCAAGAUCUUCCUACAAUUUCCCAAGCGCUUCUGGCCCAACGACACGGAAUUCUUUCUCUACGCUGACCCAAUACAGCGCGGCUGGUAUCCCAUCUGGCAGUCGCUCGACCUCGAGGGCUUCUUCCCAGACUCGCACGUGAUCUUUGUGACCGUGACGGGUCGCGAAUCGUACCGAGUCGAGCGCAUGACGGACGAAGAGACGCGCAUAGAAGUCAUGGACGUACUCCGAGCCAUGUUUCCGGAUGUCGAGGUCCCCGAGCCCACGGCAUUUCUGUACCCGCGCUGGACACAGACGCCCUGGGCCUACGGCUCCUACUCGUACUGGCCCGCCGGCACCACACUUGAGAUGCACCAGAACCUCCGCGCCAACGUCGACCGUCUGUGGUUUGCCGGCGAGCACACCAGCGCCUCGUAUUUUGGCUACCUCCAGGGCGCCUGGUUCGAAGGCCACGACGUCGGCGAUCGCGUGGCGGGACUGAUCCGGGGCGGCUGCGUGGGCGAGGAAUCCAUUGACGGAUUCCAGGGUGGUAGCGGCGCGUGUGGUGAAAUGGUUCGCUACGAGACGUUGCACGGCACGACCGACGCUACAGAGUAUAAUGUCAAGAAUGGUUGGGCCGGUUCGAGCUUGAGCUUUGAAGACUAA